AUAUUUAUUACUCCACGGAGCCUCCACUGUUUGGCUGCCUUCCGUACAACUAACUCAACAAUAAUAUUCCGUUCCUCUCCGCUCCCCCGCCUCUAUCCUCCAGCCAGCUUGCCCAAGCAGAAAUCAAUCUGACCAAGAGAGAGAGGGAGGUUGAUUGGGCGAGAUGGUUCACUUGCCGCACCUGGGGAAGCUGCGGCGAGAGGUCAAGGAGGAGGUGGUGGACGCCGACGGCUCGGCGUCGGCGGAGGCGUCGCCGUCGCCGUUCCACAAGAGGUCCCGCCUCGCGCAUCAGCAGCAGCAAUGGACCGCAAGUGGUGCUAGGGUGUCAAAUCAGCAGUCGUUGCAGCAUGAUUUCCUUGAUGAGCCAAGCCCACUUGGCCUGCGGCUAAAGAAGAGCCCUUCUCUGGUGGAUUUGAUCCAAAUGAAGCUUCAACAGGCCAGGAAGGCAUCAGAUGCCCGGCAAGACAGCACCACUGGUGCGUCAGAGAAACUGAAGGCUUCAAAUUUUCCUGGUUCUGUUCUGCGCAUCGGGUCUUGGGAGUGGGUGUCAAGGUACGAAGGAGAUCUGGUUGCAAAAUGCUAUUUCGCAAAGCACAAACUUGUGUGGGAAGUACUGGAUGGUGGUCUGAAGAGCAAAAUUGAGAUACAGUGGUCUGAUAUAUGUGGACUGAAGAUGUUUAGUCCAGAAGAUGAACCUGGGACCUUGGAGAUUGCGUUGUCUAGGCGACCACUUUUCUUCAGAGAAACGAACCCACAGCCAAGGAAGCAUACAUUGUGGCAGGCAACCUCGGACUUUACCCGUGGACAGGCAAGCAUGCACAGGGUGCACUUUCUUCAGUGCCCACCGGAAAUGAUGAAUAAGCAUGUGGAGAAGCUUGUUCACUGUGAUCCACGUCUGUACUCGCUAAGCCAGCAAAAUGACAUUACUUUGGAGAAUCCUUAUUUUGAAUCAAAGUGUUCCAUGUUUGAAGAUCCGGAGGAUAUAAAAUGCCAAAAAUUUGAGCGUAGAGAUGAUGAUGACCACUUAGGCCUACAGACGUCUACCUCAUUGUCAUCACCUCAAUCUUCAGCGGGUAGGAUAGAUGCCGAAGCAAAACAGCAAGCUGGAACAUCAGAUGUCUUGCCUAGACACUUCCCUAGUUCAGUUGCAGGUACUAACAUGUUUAAACAAGAUGCUGCUUCUGUUGAGUGCGAACCACAUCCAAGCAUCUUGAAUUGGAACGGUUUUAGGGUGCCCAGGAUCAGGCGUUCCAUGUCCAAGAGCGAGAUUGCAAACCACAUAGGGCAGCACAUGUACAGACAGAUGUAUUCAGGGAACCUACCAGCAACUGACGAUGGUACUGGCGCAUCAGGGAAACUGACGUUGGAUGAAUUGACCAGGUACCUCAUGGGCGACCCUCAGAUCUCUGACAAUGGCAGUGGUUCAACCAGUAAACUGGCAUUUGAUGAGCUAACCCGGCAGCUACUGAAUGAUGCCCAAAUCACCGACUCUGCUGAUGAGAGGAUGCUCAUGUCAAGAGUGAACUCCCUCUGCUGCCUGAUUCAGAGAGACACAAGCUCGAGUCAGGUAAACCCUGGUGUCAAUGAGAUGAUUGAAAGGAAGCCCCAGACAAAUGCGCCUCCGGAACGAGGAGACAGUGGCAAUGGUUUAUUGCCGCCGAGGCAAGAAUCGUUUGGAGAUCUCCUGGCCAAUCUGCCACGCAUCUCAUCAUUUCCUCACUUCUUGUGAGCUUGGUGUAAGGUUGCAAAUAUGCAGUGGGAUUAAGUGCUUGGGUACAAGUGUACAAACGUGCAAAUCGGUCUCAGACAUUGUGGCGUGUAGAAAUUUUUGACGGCGAACGUGUUGACUCUUCUCCAUUUAUCUUUGUGUACAUAGUAGACUGGUAGGAUAGUUAUUGGUCAGCUCUGUUGACUCCAUAGAGCAAUACAAGUGUUAGCUUUCACUAUGCUAUGUAUGGUUACUUUUUGAAAAUUUCACAAGAACCAAAGAUGUAUCGUUAUUGUUGCUCAAAGCCACACGGUUUUCUUGUA